CGCCGCCACGCAAGGAUCUUCUACGAUUUCGGCCGUCGGAGGUUCGCCCUCGAGGUUCUUGGUAAAAACGGGUGCUUUGUGGAGGGGGUCCUGCACGUGCCUGGAAAUCCACCGGUGAAGCUUGAUUCUCAGGAUCUGUUGCAGAUUGGGGAUAAGAGGUUCUACUUCUUGCUUCCCACCAGGUCGAUUUUCACGGCGGGUGGGCCUGCAAGGGGGUUGCCGCCCCCGGUGAGUAAUCGGAAUAGGAUGGAUGUUGAUGAUGAUGAUGAUGAUGAGGAGGAGGAGGAGGAGGAGGAGGAGGAUGGGGAUGAGGAGGAGGUGGAGGAAGAAGAGGAGGAGGAAGAGGAGGACGUGGGGAUUAGGAGGUAUGGGAAGGGAGGGAAGGUGGCAUUGCCUCCCAAGAAAUUGGAAAAAAAGCCGGUGGCAAGGUCAAGGGCUGACAGAGAAGCUGAUAAUUUACAACUCUUGAAGUUAGAAGAAAAGGAUGUCAUUUCGUGCGUAGCUACUGUGCUAUCUGAUCUUUGUGGCCCAGGAGAGUGGAUGCCAAUGGCAAAGCUUCAUGCCGAGCUAGCUGAACAGUAUGGUAACAUAUGGCAUCACAACAGAGUAAGAAAAUACCUGACAUCUGAAGAGUGGCCUCAGAAUGAAACUAAAGGAAAGCCUUGGUACGGCCUGUUAGAUCUUCUGAGAAAAUACCCCGAGCAUUUUGUGAUCACCACGAGGUCCAAGGGGCGCAUAACAUCAGAGUUUGUCUCAUUGAUUUCAUUAAUUUCAUAGAAUCAAUCUAUCGAUUUUCUGGUGGCAAGUUAUUGAGGAAUAGGUACUGGAAUGUGGGGCCUCCUGAUGAAUUUCUGUUGUUGGCAGCAUCCUUUGAGGAUCUACAAUUUUUGCACUCAAGAUUUUCUGCUGUUUCUUGUCAAUAAGUUGCACUCUGUUGGGAAUGUAACUAUAUAGACCUUUUUGUUGCUUCGCUAUAUUUUUGAUAAAUAGAUGGCAGCCAUCAAUUUGUAUCUAGAGCUGCCGAGCUUCACAUUGAAUGGUUAACGGCAUAAAUGUGAUAUUUUCUCUGGAUGGCAGAGGAAACUAUCCUCACAAUGCCUGUAAUGUUUAUGCGUGGGCUUCUUAUGAUUGUAAAAUCGUCUAUGCUGACGCAACAAUACAUGGAGAAAGUACCAGCAAUGAUAAGAUAUUAACAGGAUGAGGGAAUGAUUGCACAA